GAUUGAAUGUGAUUUUUAACUGACAACUCGUUGUUCUUAUGUUUUCCUCUAUCCUCUUACCUUUUUUCUCAAAAGUUUUAGCACGGAUAUCAGAAACCAACCAGUAUCAUGCACUAUUCUGCAACUAGUGACGGAGACAAAUUGCCAUCUUUCACUCAAGUAGUAAAGCCAUGUCAGCGGUUUCCUUUAGCAGAGAUUCAUUCUGCAACCAAUAACUUUGAUGAUCAACUGGUCGUCGGACAGGGAGGAUUCGGAAAGGUUUACAAAGGUCAAAUAUCUAGUGAAGAAGCAGGUUAUGUUGCGGCAAUCAAACGGCUGGACUCAAUGUCUAUCCAGGGGGAACAUGAGUUCAGAGCUGAAAUCGAGACCCUUUCUGAACUGCGCCACGCUCAUUUGGUGUCUCUGAUUGGUUAUUGUGAUGAUAACAAGGAAAUGAUCCUUGUAUAUGAAUACAUGCCGAAUGGAACCCUGUACCAUCAUCUACACAAAGCAAGCACUUGCUUAAACUGGAUUCAAAGAAUGGAAAUUGCAAUAGGUGCUGGGUGUGGAUUGGAUUACCUACACACAGGUGUUGGCACUGAACAUGGAAUCAUACACCGUGACGUGAAGAGUUCAAACAUUCUUUUGGACAAAAACUUGGUGGCUAAGAUUUCGGAUUUUGGGUUGUCCAAAAUAGGCCCAAUCAAUCAAUCAUCAUCCUUUGUUGAUGCAAGUGUUAAAGGCACUUUCGGAUAUCUAGAUCCAGAAUAUUUCUAUACUCAUAAAUUAUCAAGGAAAACAGAUGUUUACGCAUUUGGGGUUGUUUUAUUUGAAUUGCUAUCCGGAAGGCUUGCAGUAGACAAAAGCAAAGGGGAUGAGGAAUGUAGUUUGGUAAGAUGGGCUCAAAAAUAUGUAAAAGAAAGAAAGUUCAGUCAAAUGGUUGAUCCUAAUAUUACGGGAACAAUUUUCCGCAAAUGUAUAAGACAGUUCGCACAAAUUGCAGAUCGUUGUGUGAACAGUAAACCAAAACAACGCCCUACCAUGAGAGAGGUCGUGGGCUCACUUCAAGCUAUACUGGAAUUACAGCUGAAAUCUGACAAUUCUGGCAAGUCAUUAGGCAAACCGGGUUUCUCUUGGAUGACUCAUAAGUAUCUUCAUUCUUUGACUAAUCAAAACUCAGACCAAAUUGGCACAAGUUCACCAGCAAAUCCUGGAAAAUACAUGGCACAUAUUAAUGUGUUCACAUAUGACGAAUUAAACCAUGCUACACAAAACUUUCAAGACAAAUGCAUGGACAAGGGGAUUGAAAGAGAGGUUUACAAAGGUUGGAUCAAUAAAUUGACUUAUUCUCCCUGUGAAUGGAAUUCUGGUUUGCUCGUUGCAGUUAAGAGAUAUCAUCUUUACACACAUUUUGAUUUGAUAAUGUUGAAAGAAUGUAAUCAUCCAAACCUUGUUAAACUCAUUGGAUACUGCAUGGAAGCUGAACAACUCUUCCUUGUUUAUGAAUUUAUGCAUAACGGAAACUUGGAGGAUCUCCUUCUUGGAGUUGUAGCACGGCUUCCAUUGGUUAAGAAAGUGCAAAUAGCAUUUGAUGUUGCUCGAGGGAUUCUAUUCUUGCAGAAGAUGCAUCAUUAUUUUGGCACAUAUCCGAAAAGCAAGCCACAGCUUGAGCGACAUAGCAUAAUGUUCGAUAAGGAUUUUGUAGCAAAACUUUCAGAUUAUGGUGUAACUUACGAACGUACAACAACGGAUGACUUAAGUGAUCACAAUUCUCCGCCCAAAGGGAAGCCCCUUCAGAUGGAUCUAUCAGGUUUUACAGUAAUAUUAGCGGAGGUGGUAAUGGGAAGACGAAUCUUCGAUGAAAGGGAACUCGAUAUAACUGAUGAUAAGUUGCUCAGACAUGGAAAAAUGCCAAUGCGAGAGAUCGCAAGAUUAUGUUUUGACACCUGCUAUGGGGUGGAAUCUGAAUUAAAGAUGAUUAAAAUCUUGAAAGAGUAUGGCACUAAUACUUCAGCGUUGACGGAUCGUGAGGAUGAGACAUUCAACACAGCAAGUUUGGAUGAACGUGAUGACACAUUCAACACAUCAACUUUGGAUGAACAUGAAUAUGGCGCAUUCAGCACAACAGCUUUUGACGAGCAGUAUGAUCAUAGUUACCUAAAUCGCUAGGGUACCCACGAUCCACGUAUUGGAUCGUGGUGUACCCAAUCGCAAUUCGCUACCGAUCCGGAACGUCCUGGCGAUCCAAAUUGAUUAGGUCCGACGAUCCGAGUUGCUCAGGUAUGGCGUUCCAAAAUGAUAAGGUUCGGUGUUCCAGAAUGAUAAGGUUCGGCGUUCCAUAUGACGAAUUCUGACGGCCAGUGUUGUUUUCAGCCGGAAUCCAGGAAGAAAGGGAAGAAGAAGACAGAAACAUGAAGAAGAAAAGACAGGCUGCUAGGCGUUUUAGGGCUUUUUAGGGUUUAAAGAAGUUUAGUUAUUUCAACAUUUAACCCCUCUAUAUUUACUAGUUUACAUUUAAACCCUAAAACUUGUACUUUUUUUACAUAAAAAGUAUAAAAGUAGUUUGUGUAUUUAAACAUU